AUGCAACUUGAUAAACCAUUAACCAAUAACAAUAUGAUGGUAGAUUCUUUGUUGUUUCCAAUUAGUCCAACUUCACCAGAUCAUCUAAUGUUAUCACAACCACUCGUCGCAACUAAUAUUUCCUCUCCGCAAGCCAAUCUUUCACGCAAAAUCCUCGGUGCAGACACUAUUUUGCGCAAGAUUAAAAAGAAAGCAUCAAGCAAACACCUUACAGCCAAAGCAAAGCGACGUCAAAAAAAAGGAUUGAGCAGGGCUUUGAUGAAUAUAGAAAAAGAAGAGGUUAAAAUGGCUAAAAUGACUGAUAGAGUUACUUUGAAAAGAAAGAUCAAAAACAUUUGGGGUUAA